GGAUUCCUGGAGAAGCUGCAGUGUGGGGAUGCUCUAGACCGAGUACUGCCCCCAGUGUCUCUCCACCUCCUCCUCCCGCACCGGCGGCAGCAGCGCUUGGCAGCGGCAACUUGAGACUGCGCCCGGGGCAAGCCCCCCCCCACCCACCCCAGGGUGGUGCUCAACUGAGAGGGGGGCUCAGUGCCCGAAGGGGUGUGUGUAGGGUGGGGGCGGCCAGCUGGGACCAGCUGGUGGCCCUGGAAAACCUCCCACACACCCACACCCACACACCCCUUUUGUGUUGCAGGCUGCCCCUCCAAGAGCAGAGGCAGCGAGAGGACGUGUGUGCACCGGUCCGCACGGGGAAGCGGUAGGGACGGAGCCCGGCACCACCUCCUGGUUCUCCCUCCAGGGAAACCAGGAAAACAAGAACUAGCAAGAGCUUGACAAACGCCUGGCUUUGAAUUGGAGACCAUUCACCUGCCUAUUGCUUCAUUCCUGGAAAUUUCAUUGCAACUAAGUAAGGAAAAAAAAUACCUGAAAGAAAGAAAACAAAGAAUAAAAUACCCCAGAAUUCCUAAAGAACAUUUCACCUGAACCUAAAAUGGUGAGCGAGAGUCAUCAUGAGGCCCUGGCAGCCCCGCCAAUCACCACUGCAGCGACUGUUCUACCAAAUAAUGCCACAGAGUCAGCCAGUCCUGGGGAAGGAAAGGAGGAUGGCUUUUCUAAGCUGAAGGAGAAGUUUAUGAAUGAGUUGCAUAAAAUUCCAUUGCCACCGUGGGCCUUAAUUGCCAUAGCCAUAGUCGCGGUCCUUUUAGUCCUGACCUGCUGCUUUUGUAUCUGUAAGAAAUGCCUGUUCAAAAAGAAAAACAAAAAGAAGGGAAAGGAAAAGGGAGGGAAGAAUGCCAUUAACAUGAAAGAUGUGAAAGACUUAGGGAAGACCAUGAAAGAUCAGGCCCUGAAGGAUGACGAUGCUGAAACUGGAUUGACUGAUGGGGAAGAAAAAGAAGAACCCAAAGAAGAGGAGAAAUUGGGAAAACUUCAAUAUUCACUGGAUUAUGAUUUCCAGAAUAACCAGCUGCUGGUAGGAAUCAUCCAGGCUGCCGAGCUGCCCGCCUUAGACAUGGGGGGCACAUCUGAUCCCUAUGUGAAGGUGUUUCUGCUGCCAGAUAAAAAGAAGAAAUUUGAGACAAAAGUCCACCGAAAGACCCUUAAUCCUGUCUUCAACGAGCAAUUUACUUUCAAGGUGCCGUAUUCGGAAUUGGGUGGCAAAACUCUGGUGAUGGCUGUCUAUGAUUUUGAUCGUUUCUCCAAGCAUGACAUCAUCGGGGAAUUUAAAGUCCCCAUGAAUACAGUGGAUUUCGGUCACGUAACUGAGGAGUGGCGUGAUCUGCAAAGUGCAGAGAAGGAAGAGCAAGAGAAAUUGGGUGAUAUCUGCUUCUCCCUUCGCUACGUACCUACUGCUGGCAAACUGACUGUUGUCAUUCUUGAGGCAAAGAACCUGAAGAAGAUGGAUGUGGGUGGCUUGUCUGAUCCUUAUGUGAAGAUUCAUCUGAUGCAGAAUGGCAAGAGGCUGAAGAAGAAAAAGACAACAAUUAAAAAGAACACACUUAACCCCUACUACAAUGAGUCAUUCAGCUUUGAAGUACCCUUCGAGCAAAUCCAGAAAGUGCAAGUGGUGGUAACUGUUUUGGACUAUGACAAGAUUGGCAAGAACGAUGCCAUCGGCAAAGUCUUUGUGGGCUACAACAGCACCGGGGCGGAGCUGCGACAUUGGUCAGAUAUGCUGGCCAACCCCAGGCGACCCAUUGCCCAGUGGCACACCCUACAGGUAGAGGAGGAAGUUGACGCCAUGCUGGCCGUCAAGAAGUAAAGGGAAGAAGAAGCCUUUCUGCAUUUGCCCACUUAGUGCUCUUUAGCCAGUAUCUGUAAAUACCUCAGUAAUAUGGGUCCUUUCAUUUUUCCAGCCAUGCAUUCCUAACACAAUUCAGUGGUACUUCAAAUCCUGUUUUAAUUUGCACAGAUUUAAACGUAGAGAGCCCCUAAGCCCUUCGUCAUACCACUGUCCUCCAAAUCUACUCUUCUUUUAAGCAAUAUGAUGUGUAGAUAGAGCAUGACUGAAAUUAUUUAUUGUAUCCCACCGUUGUAUAUACCAGUAUGCUAAAGAUUUAUUUCUAGUUUGUGUAUUUGUAUGUUGUAAGCGUUUCCUAAUCUGUGUAUAUCUAGAUGUUUUUAAUAAGAUGUUCUAUUUUAAACUAUGUAAAUUGACUGAGAUAUAGGAGAGCUGAUAAUAUAUUAUAUGGUAAAUAUAGUAUCAUCUGCAUUCCAGCAAAAAUAUCAACUUGUAAGGCACUAGUACAGUGAAACUGACAUCUUAAAGGACAACUUAAACCUGAGCUUUCUAUUGAAUCAUAUGAGCACCAAGAUACGCUGACACCACAUAUUUGGUGGAUGAAUCCAAUUUUGUAGAAUUUCUUCACAGGCAAAUUAGCAUGAUCUGAGCAGCGUCCAGCCUGACCUCCAGGAAGUAUAGCCACAAACCAGAAUAGCAUCUGUCUGUACAUAUGAACAGAGCUCAAGUCAUGCUUCACUCUUACAUUCGAGGAAGCGACUGAACAGGGGUCAAUGAUUUCACAUUACUGCAUAUAGAGUAAUGACAUGAUGGUGUUCCGUGUGUGUGUGUGUGUGUACGCGUGCAUUUGUUUGGGGAUGGGGUGGGUGGGAAAGAAGCUGAGGGGAGAAGAAGUCAGCAUUUCUGAAAUACUGCCUGACUAUUUAAAAAGAAAAAAGUAGCUCUCCGUUAACACCUUUAUACAAAAUGUGCAUCCUGUGAAUUCUGUUCCAGAUUUCACACCUACUAUAACUUCAAAAGGUUUGCACAUCAGACUUUGUAACAAGAUAUUUUAUUAUACAAAACCAGAUUAGAAGGAAUGCAGAAUAUUUUUAACACAGCAAUCUGUGCUUAUGACACAAAAUAACUUUGUGGUAAGCAGACAGUAUUGUAAUCCCAUCAAAAGAGGAAAAAAUAAAACAAUUAGCCAUAGUUCUGAAUGCACUUCCAUUAAGCCAAAACAGACAGCUAGUGAUCUUUUUAUAUGCUCUUUUUACGUAAAUAAGUUUUAAUUUGUCCUUUAAAAAAAAGGUGAAACAAAACCAAGAAUAAGUUCUAGAAAACUGGAGCAACCUCUUAUGUAUACUAGAUGCUUGAUUUAGGAGGAGUUUUUAAAUGUUUUCAGUGUUAUUAUGUAGUAAAUGGCACUAUUACGAAGCUACUAGUCAUUCCAUAAGAGUCUUAAAGGACUGCUCUGUGUAACACUGUGACUGCCCUGUGUGCUUAGACAUGUAAUGUAGUUUCCUCAGUGGAUAGCACUCAAUCUAUUCCGUAGUGAUAUUGUAACAAUACUGCCAUUCCCUUCUACUGCACUGCCCAAGGUGUGUGUAGCACAAACCGUUCUCAUUACAAAGGACCAAUUCAGCACUGAAAAGCUAUGCAUAGGAUAAGAAAGAUACAAAGCAUGGGGUGGAACACACAGCAUUUCGUCAAGCACUGUGCAAUAUUCCAUAUUUUUCCCCACUAUGUUAGGCCACCACUUUGCCGAAAGGCAGCCCAUGAUCUCACACUGCACGUAGCCUUUUCUCCCACUCACCUCUGCGACCCUUUUCACUCGCAGGCCACAGAGACUAGUGAUGUUCUGAAGUGAAAGUUUUGUCUCCAAAAAUACCAAAACAACACGAAGGAAAACUAAGCAUUAGCCUCACAUUCAGACUUUCAGAUAUCGCGCCAUGGCUUUUACAACUGCAAAGAGAAUUCAAAAAGGGCUGAUGGGAAGCUUCAAACACGGGGUUGGCUGUUUCCUGAUAAAGCUACAAUUCCUGUCUUGUUCUUUCCUCAUCAAAGAAGAGGCAAGCCCUUUGGCCUUUCAGCCCAGUCGUAGCAAACUCCUUAGAACUGGGAUAGACCUGGAGGACAAAGGGAGAAUAACAUCUCCCUCUUCCAUGGAUGGUCCAUACUUUUUUUCAAAAGGUAGAUAAUAGAAAAUGCACAAGUCACGAUGUGAGGUUAAAUACCAGUUUGAACAGAAGAUUCAAAUGAGACUCCUUCCAAUGUAAAAGAUCAGACCCUACCAAAGAGAGGGAGUUGACUGACUUUUUAAAAUUCCUUGAAUACCGGAAACUGACAUUUGAUUUCACCAUAUUUCAGCUUUAAGUCGUUCGCGCUGAAACCAACAUUUUGAAACAAGCAGGUUCGAGCUGCUGAAUACACAUCAUUUCUUGCAUUAAAGCACGAUUAAUGCAUUCUCUUGCAACACCGCCAGACGUGGGAUAUUGUCACGAUAGAAUUAGUUGGUACUACGCUGUCACAAGUCAGUGACCGAACCUGCUUUAAGACCAAGAUUCAUCCUCCAAUAAGCCACAUAUACCUUUCUGACAAAGCUGUGUAAAGUAUUAGAAUCUGACGCUCUAGAAAGAUCCUAGUUGCCUUUGUGUAUAUUUACUGCCUGCUUGAGUGCUUCUCUGUGUGGGUUUUCUCUGUAUCUUGUAGAAAUGUUGGGGUGUUUUCUUCUGCCAUACGGCUCGUGGCCCGCGGGUCAACUCCUUAGCUGUAUCUUACCUUCAUUUCUGAUGAGGUAGUUUAAGUUUUGUUUCAUUUCGUGUAGUGAAUUCCACAGUAGUUUUCUGAUUGUUGUUAAAAAUGACUUAACAUAUUACACAGAUAUUCAAUAAAAAUGUUUUAUUUCCUGUUGA